UCGUAAACGACAUAAUCUGACGAUUGCUGCACUUUCCACACAGUCUAUUCCGAGACUAUCCGCCAAAACGACCGCGUGAAAUAUAUUUUAAUUUCUGAUGUUUUGCUUUUUAAGCGACGUUGCUGUUACAUAAUUACCCACAGUACUAUAAUAUCGUUACUAUUUCGAUAAAAAUCCACCGCAACAAGUCGUCCACGAAUCAUAUCAUAAUAUUAUCACAGUUUUUAACGUUAUGGCUGAAAAUUGGAGACGAAAUCGAUCGCAAGUGUAGCAUUGUACGAUAAUAAUUACUAUUAUGUAGUGUACCGCGUGUGUCCGUGUCCGUGUGUGCGGCGUAGCAGAGAUUUUUUAAUAAUUGAUCGUCUUAAAGCUGUUGUUGAUUCGACAUCAUUUCGAUGACGACGUCGCCCACCGUGGUCGCCGUAAUGGUGGUGGCGUUGGGUUGUGCGGCGGCGUUCGAAUACGGUCCUGACCUGGCAGGCCGGUACUGCUCUACCAGGCCUAGAGGUUGUUGCAAAGGCCGACAGGACGACUGUACCGUGCCGAUAUUGGACACGUUGUGCUACUGCGAUGACUUUUGCAACCACACCCGGUCCGAAGACUGUUGUCCCGAUUUCUUGUCGUUUUGUAAACACAUAGAUGUUCCGAAGCCAGCGCCAACAGUAAUCAAACAAUGCUACUCAAAUGGCCAGACAUAUAAGUAUGGAGAAACAGUCAACGUCAAUUGUAACGAAUGCCGAUGUCAAGAAUUAAAUGGAAAAAUGAAGUUGAUGUGCAGCUCCAACGAGUGUCUCGUCGACACGUACAUUUUGGAUACGCUCAGACACCAAGCUCAACGGUUUGGAUGGUCGGCCAGCAAUUACAGCGAGUUUUGGGGUAGAAGAUAUGAUGAGGGCCUACAAUUGCGGCUAGGUACACUGCAUUCCAAGAGAAAGAUUUUGCAAAUGAAACCAUUAAAAGCCGCGUUCCAACGGGGUAAUUUGCGGCGGUCUUACGAUGCCCGCGAAGUCUGGGGCAAAUACAUCUCGCAGCCAAUCGACCAAGGCUGGUGUGGUGCAUCCUGGGCCAUAUCCACUGUUCAAGUGACCACCGACCGUUUCGGAAUCAUGAGCAAACGCGCGAUCAACGACGUAUUGUCCCCGCAACACCUGUUGUCGUGCAACAAUCUAAAUAAACAGGGAUGUCAGGGUGGACAUUUGACCAAAGCGUGGAAUUGGAUUAGGAAAUUUGGACUGAUCACGGAAGAAUGUUAUCCAUGGGAAGGCCAAACGUCCACGUGCGCUGUGCCAAAAAAGAAGAAAGAGUCUAUGGCGCAGUGUCCACGUCGCGUGAGAUCCUUUAACGAUCGUUUGACCAAGACUCGACUUCAUCGGGUCGGUCCUGUUUAUCGGGUGGCCACAGAGGAGGGUAUCAUGCACGAGAUUUUGACCUCAGGACCAGUCCAAGCCGUUAUGAAAGUGUCCAGAGAUUUUUUCAUGUACAAAUCGGGUGUGUACAAAUGUUCGAAUUUGGCAUCCGGAUCUAGAACAGGAUACCACUCAGUGAGGAUCGUUGGUUGGGGUGAAGAAUACCAGAGCGGUAGAAUUGUCAAAUAUUGGAUUGUGUCAAACUCAUGGGGAAGAUGGUGGGGUGAAAAUGGAUACUUCCGUAUACAAAAGGGUGUUGACGAGUGCGAGAUCGAAGAUUUUGUCAUCGCCGCGUGGGCAGACGUCGACGAUUUCGAUGUGACCGGGAAUCCGCUGGGAUAUGACGUGUUCCUGCUGAACGGUUCAAAGUCAAAUUCCGUUUAAUCGAGUACCACGGUUAAGAUAUAAGUUCACGGUCCGAACCAAAUUGGAAAAAACAUUAUACUUCACAGCAUCUACAAUCAUGCUGGACCACAAAUAUGAAUAUACCUACAAAUAUAUAUACAUAUAUAUACGUACGACGAUCAAAAGUAGACAACAAAAUAAAUUUAAAAAAAAAAAUCAUUUUAUAAACGAACUUUGUUCGGUAUUUAUAAUCACUACUUAUAAAAUAAUAUAUAUGUAUAUAUAUAUAUA